AGGUGGUGAUCGCGUUCUACUCUACGUUCCGCUUCUUCUGAGCCAAGAAAAUCGUCGUCAUGGGAAAGGCUUACCCUAUUGUGAGCGAGGAGUACCAGAAAGCAGUCGAGAAAUGUAAGAGAAAGCUCAGAGGGUUCAUCGCUGAGAAGAAAUGUGCUCCACUGAUGCUUCGACUAGCAUGGCACUCCGCUGGGACUUACGAUGUGAAGACAAAAACAGGAGGUCCGUUUGGGACAAUGAAGCACCCAGAGGAGCUUGCUCACGAAGCUAACAAUGGUCUUGAUAUUGCUGUCAGGCUAUUGGAACCGAUCAAGGAGCAAUUUCCGAUCCUCUCUUAUGGAGACUUCUACCAGUUGGCUGGAGUUGUUGCCGUUGAAGUUACUGGAGGGCCUGAGAUCCCUUUUCACCCUGGGAGACAGGACAAAUCUGAACCACCCCCAGAAGGUCGCUUGCCUAAUGCAACUAAAGGUUCAGACCAUCUAAGGGAUGUAUUUGGCCACAUGGGUCUCAGUGACAAGGAUAUUGUUGCACUAUCUGGUGGUCAUACUCUGGGGAGGUGCCAUAAGGAGCGCUCUGGAUUUGAAGGACCCUGGACUACUAAUCCACUCAUCUUUGAUAACUCCUACUUUAAGGAGCUGCUUAGCGGGGAAAAGGAAGGUCUUAUCCAACUGCCAUCAGACAAGGCUCUCCUAGAGGAUCCAGUCUUCCGCCCACUGGUUGAGAAAUAUGCUAUGGAUGAGGAUGCCUUCUUUGCUGACUAUGCUGAAGCCCAUUUGAAGCUCUCAGAAGUUGGAUUUGCUGAUGCUGAGGAACAAGGAUGAGCUUGUUGGUCAUUGGAGUCUGGCAUCUAGAGAGUGGAGACAUGUCUGUAUGUUGUGAUUAUGUCUAUUUCCUACAUGAACUUGCUCAAAAGGAAGUUCUCGGUGAUUUGGGUUUUUGUGGUAAUCUUCUGUGUUUGGGUUGAUGUGAUAACCAUGUUAUGGCUACCGUGUUCAUGUAUUUUGUGGGUCAUUUCCUGGCAAAA